AUGCCCCCACCCCCGCUCGGCCUGCCCGCAAACGUCAGCAUGGUCAGCAUCGCCCCUACAGCCAACGCGAGCAUCACCCCCGCGCAGCCACACACGCGCCCGAUCCCCGUCGCCGAGACGACAUGCUGGACGUAUGCGUCCGCCGGCGCGCUGCAGGUCUGCUGCGCCGGCAACGGGACGAGCUGGACUUCGCAGUCCGCGAGCGGGUUCAACAAGACACACAAGCACGCGGAGUGGAUCAACGGCAACCUCACCGGUGCUCACAGGGACACAAUCUACGCGUGUACCAUUCCGAGGGGGCGCGACUUCAAGGUGCUCCACGGCGUCGGGGGGUGCCUCAUCAGCAGCUUGAACAACAGCUAUACGCCGCCGGCGGGCGGGGACCCCCUGUUUCCCGAGCACACGGACCAGUGGAGGUGCGAGUACAAUCUGCCGUCUGCUGCGUCGUCCGCCAGCCACGCAAGAGUGGGCGUGAUGGCUCUACUGGUCGUACUUGCGUCGGCUGUCGUGGCGUUGUGA